AUGUCUCUUUGUGCGGCAGGCGAUCUUCUGGCUUGCAAAGUUAAUACACACCCUAGAACCCCUGGUGAAGUAACCCUUCCGGGUAGCCUAGUGGUUAAAGCAUCGGCCUACGGUGCACAUGGUCGUGAGUUCGAUUCCCGCCCUUGCCAGUUGAAACUCAUUGGCAUGAGUAAGUUGGUCGCAUGGUGUGUUGAUUAG